UUUUUAUUAUUAUUAUAGUAACGUAAACUAGCACAGCCUUGUUCUGGGAGGCACCAAAUGUUUUGUUGACAUUAAAGAAACAGCUGCACCGAGAUAGCUGUGCGGCGUUUAAUUGACCUCGGAAAUGUAAGAACCAACGAAUAUUAGCAUACAGAAAACGACACAUAACUACAAAAAUACAAUAGCUCUCUAAGGCGUCCUUUUAGAUUUAUGAAAACGGUUUAAAAACAUAAAAAAACAAAAUAGCUAAGGAAUUCAACUGAAUAAUGAAUUUCAGGAAGUGUAUCUAUCUUCAAACACAAACGUACUUUUUUCACUACAUAACCAAAUACGUUUUCGCAUGUUGCUCGAAUAUUUCUAUAAAUUUUAUCUAGAAAAAUGCGAUAUAAUUUUUUAGUCUUACAUAAUACAAACGCCUAUACACUUAAUGGAAUGUGUGCAUCCUGGCCUGUUCACGAGCGGAAUUGUUUGACGUUGGAACAGGGUUUCCUUUUUCCCCAAUGAAUGCAACACAAGAGGUUGGCACGUGACGUGCAGCCAAUCAGGAAAUAGCGCCCCUCCCACUUCCUCUACUAAUGUGUCAGGGUUGGCUAAAGUGAUGCUACAGUUUUUGGAGUCGAAAGCACGUUGCUUUGACAGAGAGAGGAAGCUGUUGAUCAUUUAUUAAUCUGCUGAAUAUUCUGACAUCAUGCCGAGCCCGAGUGAAAACAUACUUUUUGGGAUGGGUAAUCCCUUGCUUGAUAUCUCAGCUGUUGUGGACAAAGAUUUCCUUGACAAGUUUGGACUAAAGCCAAAUGACCAGAUCCUUGCUGAGGACAAGCACAAGGCCCUGUUUGCUGAAAUCGUCCAGAGAAAUAAAGUUGAGUACCACGCCGGCGGCUCCACCCAAAACUCAGUGAAAAUUGCCCAGUGGAUGAUCCAGAAACCGCAUAAGGUGGCAACUUUUUUCGGAUGCAUUGGAACGGAUGGUUUUGGCGAGAUCCUGAAGAAGAAAGCCGAAGAGGCCCACGUGGACGCCCGCUACUAUGAGCAAAACGAGGAGCCCACUGGUACCUGUGCGGCUUGUAUCACUGGAGACAAUAGGUCCCUUGUUGCUAACCUGGCAGCGGCAAACUGCUACAAAAAGGAAAAACACCUGGACUUGGACAGCAACUGGGAGCUGGUGGAGAAAGCCAAAGUCUAUUAUAUUGCAGGCUUUUUCCUGACCGUGUCACCAGAGUCCAUCCUCAAAGUGGCCAAGCACGCUUCAGACAACAACAAGAUCUUCUGCAUGAACCUCUCGGCACCUUUCAUCAGCCAGUUCUUCAAAGAGCCCCUGAUGAAGGUCAUGCCUUACGUCGACAUCCUGUUUGGGAAUGAGACGGAGGCGGCCACAUUUGCCAAAGAGCAGGGCUUUGAGACGGAUGACAUUGCAGAGAUCGCGAGGAAGACGCAAAACCUCCCCAAGGAGAACACAAGGAGGCAGCGAGUGGUGGUUUUCACCCAGGGCAAGGACGACACUGUUGCAACAGUUGAUGAUCAAGUGACCAUGUUUCCUGUUGUGGACAUCGACCAGAAUGACAUUGUGGACACUAAUGGAGCAGGAGACUCCUUUGUUGGAGGAUUCCUGUCCGCACUGAUCCAAGAUCAACCGCUGGAGGAGUGCAUCAGGGCGGGUCACUACGCGGCCAACGUCAUCAUCAAGAGGGUUGGAUGCACCUUCCCAGAAAAGCCAAACUUUCACUAAUGGAUCAAAUCUUGACAUUCUUUAAGCAAGAUGCUUAUUGUACAUACACAAUUUCGAAUUACAUGUACACUUUUGUAUUUAGUCCACAAAGCAUUGCGACAAGAUUGGAAAUUAUAGCGUCAUAAAUUGAUUUAUGUUUAUGUAUAAAAACAUAUAUAUACAUAUGUAGUAUAUAAUUAUAUUAAUAUAUA